AUGGAUGCCUGGACUUAUUUGUUGACGCUGCCUUCCCUUGUCUCAUCCUUGACAAGAGCCAACCGACAAACAAUCAGAAAAUUACAAGGAAAGGGCUCGAUCAUGUCGAAUUUCGAGCCCAAUGCCGUGAUCCGCGGCUUUCAGCUUACUGUGGUAGGAACUGUCCGGGCCUUAACAAACCCCGAGCUUUUCAAAUAUGAACACUUCCGUCAAGCAGCGCUUGCUAUAGCCGUGGGAAUCGUCAUCCAGUUGAUCAUUCAAAUUCCAAUUAUCGGCCUCAAGUUCACCUUGUACUUGCUGUCAUGGAUUAUCAAUCUUGACCAUGCCACUUGGGAUGACAAGCUCCUCGAUGGCUUGGAAUUCUUGUCCAAGUCUGUCCUCCAGGUGCCUUUCCUACUGAUGACAUUCAUGGGAUACGUCACUCCCACUCUGGACGAGAUCUUCAUGCAGUCUAUUCAGUGGGUCGAUGCGACAUAUAUCCAGAAGCACAAAUCGGAGGACCCGAACCAACUUCGGGCCAUGUACUAUCCUCACCUGGUGAUGUUCCCAACCAAGGGCGGUCCUCGUUCAUCGCAGCCCAAAAUGGACGCCAUCAUGGCAUUUGUCAACCGAUACGCCAAGAGAAUGGGGAUGCUUCUUGGAAUCUACCUUAUCUCUUUGACCCCAAUCGUUGGUCGCUUUGUGAUGCCCGCAGCAAGUUUCUACACGUUCCGGACCCAUGUGGGUACCGCACCUGCCGCUGCUAUCUUCGGCGCUGGUCUUAUCUUGCCCAAGACAUACAUUGUCAGGUUCCUUCACACCUAUUUCGCAUCCAGAAGUCUGAUGCGAGAGCUGCUCGAACCAUACUUCCGUCGCGUUAGAUUUACUCCUGAACAGAAGAAACGCUGGUUCCGGGAUCGUGAGGGUGUUCUAUUUGGGUUUGCCUUCGGAUUCACCGUUAUUCUGAAGCUCCCAUUCCUCGGUGUUCUCAUGUACGGCGUUGCCGAGGCCUCCACUGCGUAUCUGGUCACCAAGAUCACUGACCCGCCACCUACCCCCGCGGAAAGCGAAGGCUUUGCAGAGAGCCAGGUGACGUGGAAAAACAAACACGAUUUCCUGCAGCUUUCUUUGGAUAAAAUUGAUAAGCUCAACGUUGACAUGGAUGAGAAGGAGGCUCAGAAUGCCAGCUUUGAAGGCAAAAAAUUAUCUUAA